AUGUCUUCUGUCGUCAACGACCCCAACAUGGCGGCCCGCCAGGAUGGCACCCAUGGCGCGCCCAUCAUGGAGCAAAAGCCCGAGUAUCCCAAGACCACUGCCCAUGCCGCCACUACCAAGCGUGGCCACAGCCUGAAGCGUCUUCUCGCUGUUCUGGGAGGCACCAUCUUCGUCGCGUCUAUCGCUGGAAUCAUUACCCUUGGCGUCAAGAUGAACCAGAGCGAGAACAAGUACCAUGCCCUCUCGGAGAAGUAUGACAGCAUCCUAAGCGAGGCCCAUGCCAUGACCCGUAUGAUUCCUCGCCACGACACUGCUAUGGCUGCUGUGGAGGGUGAUAUGUACUCUACUGCCGGCGCUCUCGGAAUCGACGUCAACACCGUCAUGGUCACAGUGGACCUCUCCACGACUGUGACUGUGGCUCAGUCGAUCUCCACUACCGAGACUGCCGAGACGCAGCCCAAGAUGACCACGCUCACCACCAGCGAGGCCGAGGAUGUGGUUACGCUCUCCAACACCGACAACUGGGACAUGCCAACUGCGUCUCCCUGGAUUGACCCGGCCGAGACGUUCACCGAGGACUGGGAGACCACCACCACCACCUUGACCACCACCAGCACCCCGGCCGAGACCGCCUCGGAGCACUCCAUCUCCAUGGGCCCCUACACGUUCCAGACCAGCGAUUCCACGACUGCUGACACAACCUCGACCGCCACGACUUUGGGCGCCACCACCAUCCACCUGACCCGGUCCGCCACGGUGGUCGUGCACGAGAGCUCGUCCACGGUCCUCGAGACGUCCUCGGCCGACGCGCUCUCGGGCUCCUCCACCUCCGCCUGCGCCUGCACGCCGCACGUGCACACCGAGACCGUCUGGGUCCCCCACACCGAGACCGUCGACAGCACCUUCACCCAGACCGUCUACGUGUCGCUGGCCGCGGCCCACACCACCGUCGAGGAGGGCACCGUGACCAUGAUUGAGACCGUCCCGACCGAGAGCAUCUCCGUGGCCCAGCCCUACCCCUUCUCCAGCGAGACCACCACCACGACCGUGACCGCCUCCUCCGAGACCAGCUCCGUCAUGCCUGUCUCCCACGACGUGCCGCCCCUGGCCACCGCCACCUGGCUCAGCGCCACCAGCGACAGCAGCAGCAGCAGCAGCAGCAGCAGCAGCGACUCGACCACAUCGCAGACAACCAGCAGCUCGCAGACCACCACCAUGACCACGACGCGCCUCUACACCUUCACCGUCGGCCCGGACAGCCACGUCACGACCGUGACGCUGCCCCCACUCGGCACCGCCACGCACCACCACCACGAUAACAACACCGCCACCGCCGCGUCGGCCCGCAAUACCGUCCCUUACUUCCUCAACGGCACCUCCUCGACCGCCAGGACGUCGACCGUCACCGUCGUGCGCGGCUCCGGCACCGCCGGCGUCCUGGCCGUCGCGGGCAGCACCCCGGUCUUUGGCUCGCCCAUCUCGCUGGCCGCCCCGGGCCCCAGGACCAGCGUCGUCGCCAGCGGCGCCGGCCACAAGGCCCAGGGUCGCGGCGGCAACGGAAACGGUGGCGGCGGAACGCCCGUCAUGGGCUGCGUCGUCAUGCUGGUUGCGCUUGCGCUGGUCGUCUAG